AAUAAAACAUGAGUAAGUAUAGCAAAUAGCCUUCAUGUUCAUAAUCAUCAACAAGGAUGUCACAUAAACAUAUCUAGAAUGUAAUAAAUAUGUACACCGUCACCCUGGAAUUACCUAAGCAUUCGGAAAACAAUCGGAUACAAUCAAUUCAGAGUCAAUGUAGGCCAAGCUAUCUUAGCAAUCGAAUUCUGAACACAGACAAACAGAACAUUAGUAAAGCAUGUUCCCUAAAUGUUCCAACAUGCAAGUUGUUAGACAUAGCGUAUCUUCUCGGCAAUCGUUUUCCUUCACUUUAGGAACUAGUAAUGUUAUUGAAUUAAAAUGUGCUAUUCCAAUUCAUUUCGUACAGAAAUGUCAUGUAUAUGCUUAGACCGGGCAACACCAGCGACAGCGAUCCCCAGUCUUUUGUUCAGUUGCUUGUCAUAAUACCGAGUUAUGUAACGAAGGUUAUCAGAAACCACCGCUAUUUCUCUCCCACCAAAUGAGAGACCGCGCCCCCUACCACCACAACAACGGAGUCGAGCGUGUGUGUAGGCUACUGUACAGAGCAUCUCAAUGAUGAAGCAAAGGAGCGAAGGAACCAAUAGCUUCAUGGCUAUAACGCAUGUGCUUCUGCAGUCGGGGAGAGUGGAAAAACCCCAAAAAGAUUCCGCGGUCUGUUAUCAGCGUAGAAAGCAUAAACUGGGGCAUAAAUCUCAGAGAGGCAGACUUGGUGGGACACCUUGCCUGUUGUGUCAGUAAUUAACUUAGUAAACAUUUUAAGGAAACAAAAGCACUUGUUUAAUGUUUUACUUGAAGUUUUACUUGCCAGUUUAUCACAUUUUUAACAUCUCACUCUGAAUACACGAAACUGCCGAUGUUCCAGAGUUUACAAGGCUAUUUAAUUUCUGGAUUCCAUGCUUCACCUUGGAGAUCGAAUGCUGGACUACUGAGGAGGGGCAAAGGUCUUGAUCCAAUGUCUCUGAGGCUACGUUUUCAGGGCGGUCCAUUCAAAUAACUCCCAGUCCGCGGCUACAACAGUUGUACCUGACCGGCAUAUCGACGCAGUGCCGAAAUACGAGAUGGAGAAGGACGAGAGACCGUCGUGGGAUAACCCUAUGCAAUUUGUCCUGGCCUGUGUGUCGUACGCAGUGGGACUCGGAAACGUGUGGCGCUUUCCCUACCUCUGUCAGAUGCACGGUGGAGGGGGCUUCAUGAUACCUUACAUGAUCAUGCUGGUGCUGGAGGGCAUCCCUCUGUUUUCCAUGGAGCUGGCUAUUGGACAGAAGAUGCGUAUGGGAAGCAUUGGAGCAUGGACUGCCAUUAACCCUUACCUGGGGGGAGUGGGCAUUGCAAGUGUCAUAACGUCACUGUACUUGUGUCUCUACUACAAUGUCAUCAAUGCAUGGAGCUUCUGGUAUCUCUUCCAUUCAUUUCAGUCGGUGCUCCCGUGGGCUACAUGUCCAUUGAACAGCAACCAGACAGGGUAUUUAGAGGAGUGUGAGGUUGCCACGCCAACGCAGUACUUCUUCUACCGGGAGACGCUAAACAUCUCGUCCUCCAUUGAUGAUAGCGGGGGAGUGCAUAUGGGCCAGGCUCUCUGUCUAGUCCUGGCCUGGAUGAUCGUCUACCUCUUCAUCGUCAAGGGAGUCAAGUCCACAGGCAAAGUUGUGUACUUCACGGCCACAUUUCCCUACCUGGUCCUCUUCAUCUACCUCAUCCGUGGAGUCACCUUGCACGGAGCUAUGAAUGGGGUCAAGUACAUGUUUACUCCAAAGCUGGAGCAGCUGGCUAACCCUCAGACGUGGAUAAACGCUGCCACUCAGAUCUUCUUCUCCCUGGGUCUGGGCUUCGGCUCGCUCAUCGCCUUUGCCAGCUACAACCAAUACCACAACAACUUUGAGCGGCAGGCCGUCAUUGUGUCUCUGAUCAACAGCGGCACCUCCGUCUUCGCCAGCAUCGUCACAUUCUCCAUCUAUGGCUUCAAGGCCACUUUCAACUAUGAGAGCUGCCUGGAAAGGGUGAGGCUGCUGCUCCUGAACACCUUUGACAUGGCAGAGGACACCAUUAGCCUGGACAAUAUCGACUAUUGGAUCUCAGAGCUGAACCGCACCCACCCGGACCAGUUUGCCAGCUUGGCCCCGAAGCUGGACACCUGUGACCUGGAGGCCGAACUAGACACCGCUGUUGAGGGCACAGGCCUGGCCUUUAUAGUGUACAGCGAGGCUAUAAAGAACAUGCCAGCGUCCCAGUUCUGGUCGGUGCUCUACUUCUCCAUGCUGCUGCUGCUGGGCAUGGGCAGCAUGCUGGGCAACGUGACGGCCAUCAUCACCCCGCUCCGAGAUUUCAAAGUGCUGGCACGCAACUUCAGCAAUGAGACCCUGAACGGCCUGGUGUGUCUGUUCUGCCUGCUCCUGGGUCUGGGCUUCACCACACGUUCGGGGAACUACUGGUUCACCAUGUUCAACGAGUACGGAGCCACCUUCUCCCUGCUCUUCAUCGUGCUCAUCGAGGUCGUCACUGUCAGCUACAUCUAUGGACUGAAAAGGUUUGAAAAGGACAUUGAAGACAUGCUGGGACAUCGGCCCAACUGGUACUGGAAGAUCAUGUGGGCAGUCGUCAGUCCCGUUCUGCUCAUCAGUCUCUUCAUCUUCUACAUUGUUGACUACAUCCGCGGCGGCACGCCAACAUACCAGGCCUGGAACCCAGAUUUGGGCAAGUCAGUGGUGAUGGAAUAUCCCUGGUAUGGUCAGGCCUUCAUUGCCCUUUUGCUCGCAACAUCCGUCUGCUGUGUGCCCGCCACAGCACUCUAUGCCUUCUGCAAAAAGAAGCAAAAACCUGUGCCCUCUCACGAACACACUGUCAGUGCCAUCUCAGGAUUGUAGGGCGCCCAUCUUCUGUUAUGCACACGCUUAUACAGUCACUCACUCUGUUGAUUUGGGCAUUUUCCUGUUUCAUUUUUUACUUUGGAGGGGGGUGGUGGCCUCCUAUGAUGGCUACAUCUGGCAGAGGUUAGCUGGAAAUGCCAACAUCACUUACAAAAUCUUUAAUAUUUCAAUAGUGUAUGCAAUCUCAAUUGAAAGCGAGGAGACACCUGUACCAACAUCAGCAUUAAUUUUAGGUUACAUAUUUGUGUAAGUGUUUAGCCUUCAAAAGAGGUUUACAGUUUGUGCAUCAGAGGGAUAACUAUUAGGAACACCGGCUACUGUCAUUUUCUGCGCCAGAAAACAGACUGUAAAAAUGGACAUUAUAUUCGGUACUGACAACUGAUUGCCAAAUUUGAUAGAGGAAUACUGUGAACAUUUAUUUUUAAAGUGAACAGCAUACCUGAACAUGUUGGUGUCGUUGAAAAAAUGUAAAGUCUUUGUACAUAGAUUUAUACGUCUCCAAAUUGUGGGUUGUAGUUUGCCAAAUCAUGUAAUAGCUAAAGAUUUGUAUAGUUUUAUAUCUAAGUUUUGCUUAUCUGAAUUGAAACCAUGAACAAUAUAAAGUAACAAAUAUUGCUACUUUGGAAUAUAUGCCAACUUGUCUGCUAAGUGUAUAAAUAGGCACCAAACCAGAUUUGUUUUUCCAAGAUCCUCAUCCUGGUUAUUUGCACUGAAAGAAUCAAGGGCCAAAUAUAUACAAACCCAGGGAAAGUGUAUUACAGGCCAUCCAGUGACAAUAUUGAUCACAAGAGAAGUGCUUACUAACCUUCCCAUCAUGCAAGGACCAUAUGACCUGUGAGAAGCUAUCCCAGCUAUCCCAAGACACAUUCACCUUGAAUCUGGGCCCUUAGGUUAAAAACUAGCUUUAUUUCCCCAAGUCUAUCUGUGCCAAACAGAAUCAAUUCUGAGUUAUUUUGUACUGCAGUGCUAGUUCUGGGAGGUGUGUACAGGCUCCUGAAACAUUUAACCUGGAAAUCCUUAAAAGCUCUAUGGGGCGGAGGUGUUAAUACUACUAAUCUUCUCCAAAAACUGGAUUCAGGAAAAAAGGAAAGUUUCCCAGUAUGGGUAAACUGUUACUAUGAAGGACUAUAUUAAAGUUUGUGGAUCAAACCGUUAACAUAAGAUUGAAUAUCUGUGCCCAGUUUGUACAACCAAAGUACCAAAUUGGUAAUGGCAUUUUGAAAGGAUUCUGUCAGCAGCCUUGUUUUAAAAGAGCUGCAUUUUAAGGCAAUCUCCUAGCUUAAGAGCGUGUGAGUAGAUGUGUAUAUUUUUAAUAUCUGUAUGAAAUUAAAGGCUUUUAGUAGAAA